AUGGCUCUCCUUCGCAAUGCUCAUGGGAAUGGCAUUUCCGUUUCAGAAAUCGAUUCUGCACAGGGUUUUCUCAAAGCGUUUCAGCGCGAUCAGUGGGAGCACAAUGUUGUUCUCCUUUUCGAUGAGUUUGAUAAAUUGUAUAGAGCAAGCGAAGAUAUUAAAUCAUCAUGCCUGGAGACUCUGCGUGGCAUCAGAAAUGACAGAAACUCAUUUGCUAUCUUUUCUGUUGUUGCCAUUGGUCCGUUUAGUAUUUUAUAUCUGAAUUCGAAAGAGUUAACUACAUCACCUUUCAAUGUCAGAACACCAUUUCAAAACCCAAACUUUACUCGAGGACAAGUACAAAUAUUAUACGAAGAAUUUAUGAAAGAAGAACGUAUAACCAUCGACCCAGAAAUUAUCGAGGACAUAUAUAUGCAGACAGGCGGCCAUGCUGGACUCGUCUGCCUAUGCGGGCGCGCCAUUUAUAGGAAGCUUAUGAAAAAACUAGUAAACGGGACGCACUUAAACUAUAACACAUGGCAACGUUUCUCAGCUUUUUCACUGGGGAAUGAGGUUAUAGAGUAUUCAACGUUUAUACGGAUGAAGAAUGCUCUUCUGAGGGAAGAUUCUAAGUGUGCUAUGAAACUCUUUCGAUCAGAUUUCCUGGCGAAUAUCGACCCUGUACAUGUUGCUGAUGACCAAAAGGAUUUAGCGUUAUUCCUCACAGCUGAAGGAGUCUUAGUUCCCGGGGAAGAAGCUGGCACCUUUAAGAUUUCCUCACCCUUAGUGCGUUGGCUAAUCCUUCAACGAGUGAUUCCUAAGGUGUUUCCCUCCUCCCCGAAAAUUGAAGUACCUUACCAUUCUGAUUCAAGUGGCCCAAAUAUUCUCGAGAUCUUGAAACAGACUAUCCGCAUGUUUGACAGAGAGAACAUGAAAUUGGCAUGCAUGCGUUCAUUCAAGAAGGCGUAUGUGAAUGUGAAUAACGUUAAAAAUCGAAGUGUCCCCAAAGAGAGCGUAUACGAAGCAGAGCUGUACCGAAUCUUGUCGAAUUGGCUCAUCGGUUUUAAAAUUACGGGACAAUGGCAUAUAGUGCGUAAUAAUAACGGACGUAAUCAACACAAAUACAGUGAUAUAGUUAUUGAUUCGCCUGGAUAUCCAACGGUUGUACUUGAGCUGUUGGCAACAGCAAAACGGAACGAGCUCGAUGAACAUUUUUCACGGGUUCUUAUUUACGCAAAUGAACUCUCGGCCGAGGAGGUUUGGAUCGUCCAUUUUACGUGCGAAGACGAUGUAACCGAGAACCCUUAUUGGCCGGGUGAUAAUGAACUAAAAAAGGGCCUUCGAGUUGUGCAUUUCUGGCACGAUAUCAACUUUACAAAAAUUGGUGUGGUCGCAUGCUGGUGGGACGCGAAUGGAAAUACGAAACGUAUUACUGAUGUCGAAGAGUUUAUG